CUCCCCCUCCCUAAGUUACUCUGAUUCCAAAGGCAAACAAGACGGCCUCCUCUGGUACAAAGACUCUGCUCGCCACCUCGUUGGUGAUUUCUCCAUGGCCGUUGUUCAGGCCAACAACCUCCUCGAGGAUCAGAGCCAGGUCGAAUCCGGCCCUUUGAGCACCCUCCCUUCUGGUCCUUUUGGCACCUUUGUUGGCGUCUAUGACGGCCACGGCGGCCCUGAGACCUCCCGUUUUGUCUACGAUCAUCUCUUUCCCCAUCUCAAGAGAUUCGCAGCGGAGCAGGAUUCCAUGUCCAUGGAUGUGAUAAGAAAGGCCUAUGAGGCCACCGAAGAAGGCUUUCUAGGGGUGGUGGCCAAGCAGUGGGCGGUGAAGCCACAUAUUGCAGCUGUUGGUUCAUGCUGCCUUGUGGGUGUCGUGUGCGACGGGAGGCUUUACGUCGCUAACGUUGGGGACUCCCGUGCGGUUCUGGGAAAGGUCAUCAAGGCCACGGGUGAGGUUAUUGCGCUUCAGCUCUCAGCUGAGCAUAAUGUGAGCAUAGAGUCUGUGAGGCAAGAAAUGCACUCCUUGCAUCCUGACGACUCCCGUAUUGUCGUCUUAAAGCACAAUGUCUGGCGUGUUAAGGGCCUUAUUCAGGUAUCACGAUCCAUAGGAGACUUGUAUCUUAAGAAAGCCGAGUUCAACAGGGCGUUGUACACAAAGUUCCGGCUGCGGGAGCCAAUGAAAAGACCAAUCUUGAGCGGGGAACCGUCGAUAACCGUGCAUGAUCUCCAAUCCGACGAUCAGUUUCUGAUAUUUGCAUCGGACGGACUCUGGGAGCAGCUCAGCAACCAAGAGGCUGUUGAAAUCGUUCAGAACCACCCUAGAAACGGGAUAGCGAGGAGACUAGUGAAAGCGGCGCUGCUCGAGGCGGCCAAGAAAAGAGAGAUGAGAUACUCUGAUCUUAACAAGAUUGAGAGGGGAGUUAGGAGGCAUUUCCACGACGACAUCACUGUGAUUGUCCUCUUCCUGGACACCAAUCUGCUCAGCAGAGCCUCCUCCUCUCUCAAAACCCCUUCGGUUUCUAUCCGUGGUGGUGGUAUCACUUUACCUAAAAAACUUUAAAUUAAUCAAGUUCCAUCCAUCAUCUUGUAGUUAUAUUUAUCCAACCAAAGAUAUGUUUUACUUAUCCUUUCUUUCUUUCUUUCUUUCUUUCUUUCUUUCUGUUUUAUAUAUCUUUUGGGUUUAUACUCUUCUGGUAUAAGAAAUGUGCAAGUGACAUGUUGGAUCUCAUCCCAAUUAUUUUUGUACUCAGACUUGUUCAUGUAAAUUUGUAUGAUCUCUCUUCUUA